AUGGCGCUUCGUUAUCUGCGUACAAAGCCACUGUGUUCUCCUUUACGACCUCCGUCACAUUCAGGCUUAUUGCCAAGCUGUGCAGUAAACGCGACACCCGACCCCUACCACAACGGCACCGCACCCGCUCUGCUCCGCGGAGCUCCGGGGACAACGCGGUUGCCCAUUUGCAUUGAUCCGAAAGAAGAAAAUCAUUGUGAUGUCUUGCAACAAACAAUGCUGGUCGCGAAACACAAACGGGCCCAACUCGAGCAACAGUACGUGUCCCUCAUGGCCCACUACGUGGAUGUUGCACAAGCCUUGCAACAUGCCACACAGAACCAGCAAAGCCCGGGCAAUGUUCUGGAUGCGGGCCAAAACACCGCCUCCUUAACAACUGUGGUCGUGACCGAGGAAGAAGACAAAUCUGAAGUGGUAGACCAGUUGCGAGACACUGUCACGGCCUUGUCCAAUGAACUGGAGCAGGGACAAGCGCAAAAUGCCGCAAUUGCGUCGAAAUUGUGGGAAUCCUGUUUGGCUCAGGACAAAUGGGUCGCCAUGAUGAACAUUCUCCGUCAAGAAACGGAAGGCAUCUUGCACCGCCGUAACGUCUUGUUGGAAUCUGACGUGGCGUUGGAACGUUUAGCGGCAAAGGAACUGGCUAGGAAGGGACAGACAAAAACGACGGAUCCGGGGUGGACCGGCAGAGUUUGGUCCCUCCGGAAGUCACCACGACGACGGCACCAACCUGCAAAGCGGACAAAGCCAAUGAUGGGGGGGCAACGAGGACAGUCUGGACGGAGAGGAGUAUGA